UAAAUAGCUUCAGUGUAUUUUACGCUCAGUCUCUCUCUAUCUCUCUCUCUCUAAAAGAGCCGGGGGAUUGUACAGAGAAGGGCACCAAUGAAGGGCCGUGACUUUCUCUCUCUAGCCAUUGCUAUCUCUCUGCUUCUGGCUAUUUCUACUGCUGAAGUUUUAUUCGAAGAACGCUUCGACGAUGGAUGGGAAACCCGUUGGGUUAAAUCCGAAUGGAAGAAAGAUGAAAACAUGGCUGGAGAGUGGAAUUACACCCCUGGCAAAUGGAAUGGAGAUCCAAACGACAAAGGUAUCCAAACCAGUGAGGACUAUAGGUUUUAUGCCAUCUCGGCUGAGUUCCCUGAAUUCAGUAACAAAGAGAAGACCUUAGUGUUCCAGUUCUCUGUUAAGCAUGAACAAAAGCUUGACUGCGGUGGUGGGUAUAUGAAAUUGCUGAGUGGUGAAGUUGAUCAGAAGAAAUUUGGUGGUGACACCCCAUACAGCAUCAUGUUUGGGCCAGACAUUUGUGGCUAUACCACCAAGAAAGUCCAUGCUAUUCUGACAUACAGUGGGAAAAAUAAUUUGAUCAAGAAGGAUGUCCCAUGUGAGACUGACCAACUGACCCAUGUAUAUACUUUUAUCCUCCGACCAGAUGCCACUUACAGCAUCCUCGUUGACAAUGAAGAAAAGCAGUCUGGUAGCUUGUAUUCGGAUUGGGACUUACUCCCAUCGAAGACGAUCAAGGACCCUGAGGCGAAGAAGCCUGAAGAUUGGGAUGACAAGGAAUACAUCCCAGACCCUGAAGACAAGAAGCCUGAGGGUUAUGAUGACAUCCCAAAGGAGAUUCCAGAUCCUGAAGCCAAGAAGCCUGAAGACUGGGACGAUGAGGAGGAUGGUGAGUGGACUGCACCAACUAUCCCCAACCCCGAGUACAAGGGACCAUGGAAGCCAAAGAAACUUAAGAACCCCAACUACAAGGGCAAGUGGAAGGCGCCAAUGAUUGACAACCCAGAUUUCAAGGACGACCCAGAUCUCUAUGUUUUCCCGAAUUUGAAGUAUGUCGGCAUUGAGUUGUGGCAGGUGAAGUCUGGAACAUUGUUCGACAAUAUUUUGAUUUGUGAUGACCCUGAAUAUGCUAAGAAGCUAGCUGAAGAGACAUGGGGCAAGCAGAAGGAUGCUGAGAAGUCUGCUUUUGACGAGGCAGAAAAGAAGAGAGAAGAAGAGGAAACAAAGGAUGAUCCAGUUGAUUCUGAUGCCGAGGAUGGAGAUGAUGAUGCCGAUGAUGCUGAAGCUGAUGAUGUUGAUGAUGUUGCGGAACCAGACUCAAAGGAAGACCCUACCACCUCAGUGGAUGAUGAUGUACAUGAUGAAUUGUAGGGCGUUCAACAACUAAUUUUCUGCUGACAACGUGGCUUGGAAAUUCUUCCUUCUCUACUUUUAGCUGUUCAGAUGCAGUUUUUUCUUAUUAGAGGAAAGAAACAUUUGAAGGGCUGCAUGAUCAACACAUGUGGCUGAUUGCUUUGGUUUCAUGUGACUUGCAAUUAGAAUUACAAGAGGAUUUGUUUUAUUUGUUCUGUUUUAGAUUUUAUCUUAUAGCUUGAAUCCACUUGUUUUGUUCUAUCUAAAUACCCAAUUUCUUUAA